GGAGGGAGGGAGGGAGGGAGGGAAAGGAGUGCACCCAGGAACACGUGAUGGCUGGGUCUGGUGGUGCUGGGUCACAGCCUGGCUCACAUGGCAGCGGUGCAUGUCUGCUUGUUAUGUCACUAUGUGCUGCCUUUUUCUCUUGCCUUAGGGGGUGUGAUAGCUUACAUCAGCUCUUCAAGCUCGGCAUCUAGCCCAGCCUCAUGUCACAGCGAGAGCUCAGACAGCGGUUUCCAGUCGUCCUCUUCACCUGUACCAUCUUCUCCGAACAGCUCCUCCUCGGAAAGUGGCUGCAACGGCCGGAGCAGCGAGGGCUCUGAUGGGGCACUGAAGAGUGAUCGGCUGGAGGAGACUAUUAAAACAAACCAGUCGAGUGUUGCUGGUUUGACAAAAGGCCAUAAUGGAGUCACAAAAUUUAAUGGCAUGGUUCUUCUUUGCAAAGUCUGUGGAGAUGUUGCUUCAGGAUUUCAUUAUGGUGUUCACGCCUGUGAGGGCUGCAAGGGUUUUUUCAGAAGAAGCAUUCAGCAAAACAUCCAGUAUAAGAAGUGCUUGAAGAAUAACAACUGCUCUAUAAUGAGAAUGAAUAGGAACAGGUGCCAGCAGUGUCGUUUCAAAAAAUGCCUGUCUGUUGGGAUGUCAAGAGAUGCUGUUCGAUUUGGCCGUAUUCCCAAACGUGAAAAACAGAGGAUGCUGAUUGAAAUGCAGAGUGCCAUGAAAACCAUGAUGAACAGUCAGUUCAGCAGUCACUUACCCAAUGAAGCAUUAACAGAACAUCAAGAUCAAGCACCUCAAGAAGACCUUUCCUCCAAGCCCAAACAAGAGCGGGAAACCAUCAAAAGCCCUUCUCCCCCUCCUAGCGCUGACAUGGCUAAGGAAGAAGUAAUCGGCAUGGUCACUAGGGCCCACAAAGACACUUUCAUGUACAACCAAGAACAGUCUCAAAACCCAGCAGAGAUGAUGCAGUCCCAGAGUGGGGAGAGAGUGUCAAAGAACACUGAGCAGUACAUCUUGAGCAGCGAGCACUGUGUUAGUGGGCUCGGUGGCCCUCAGUACCCUGAAAGUGAGCAGCACCUUGGUGGACAGUACAAAGGGAGAAGCGCAAUGCAUUAUCCAAGUGGACAUGCCAUGUGUUUCACAAACGGCCACUGUAUGAACUUCACCAGUGGUUAUACUCAGCGACUGUGUGAUAGGAUCCCAGAAGACGGCUUUUCUCCAAACAAGAAUACCACUUACUCUUGCAGCACUGGAGGAAGAAUGCAUCUGGUCUGCCCAAUGAGUAAGACUCCUCACGUGGACCCAAACAAGUCUGGCCAUGAAGUCUGGGAAGAGUUUUCCCUGAGUUUUACCCCUGCGGUGAAGGAAGUGGUGGAGUUUGCUAAGCGCAUCCCAGGUUUCCGAGACCUCUCCCAACACGACCAGGUUAAUCUUCUGAAGGCUGGGACCUUUGAGGUUUUAAUGGUACGGUUUGCAUCUUUGUUUGAUGCAAAGGAACGUACCGUCACCUUCCUGAGUGGAAAGAAGUACAGUGUGGAUGACUUGCAUUCAAUGGGAGCUGGUGAUCUGCUCAACUCAAUGUUUGAAUUUAGUGAGAAACUAAAUGCCCUGCAACUUAGUGAUGAGGAAAUGAGUUUGUUUACAGCGGUUGUCCUGGUAUCUGCUGAUCGCUCUGGAAUAGAAAAUGUCAAUUCUGUGGAGGCACUUCAGGAAACACUAAUCCGUGCAUUAAGGACCUUAAUCAUGAAAAAUCACCCAAAUGAAGCCUCUAUUUUCACAAAACUUCUUUUGAAAUUACCUGACUUGCGUUCCUUAAACAACAUGCACUCUGAAGAACUCUUGGCCUUUAAAGUUCACCCAUAGGCCUUUAGGUCUCAUUUGUACUUGGACUUGCCUCGUGUUAAACUGUUUUGUGCUAAAAUAUGUAUUUAUACAGUUGUACCACUUGUUGGAGAGGGAGAGUUCGCAGACUGUGAACAAUUGAUAGCUGUCCCAUAACCAUGCAAUAACGCUUCAGCAGGUGCUUUCAGCUAACGGCGGCGCAGCAUUCAGAGUCCUCCAAGACGUCCAGACCCAGCUGUGCUGCACUUCUGCAGAAGAGGUUGUGAUGAGCCCGAGUAAAUAUGGACUGUUCUUUCACUUAGAAAAAAGAACCACCGCUGCCCUCUCAUGUAAACUGAACACAAAAUAGCUGUGUAUGUGCAUAUGGAGCAUGGAAUGGGGUGGGAACAAUCCUGCGCUAAUAGGAAAAUGGAAGAGCUGAUUUAAUUGGUCUUUCAAUUAUCUAAUAGAUGUAUGUCUGUGUCUCUUGAUAACUCACUCAUGGUUUCACUGUUGUUAUUCCAUUAAACCCAAUGGAAUGAUUUCAGCCUGCACCAACUCUUCACUGAGUGUGUGUUCAUGCCAUCUGUAUAUAAUAUAAAUAGUUAAGUAAUGAGUGUUUAUGGCUAUAUAAAGUACAGAGUUGUGUGUAUAUAUGUGUAUGUAUAUAAAUAGUUCUAUACAUAAAGUAUACAUAUAAUUUCUUCACAAUAUUUUAAACUGUGAAGGAAUUUAAACUUACAACAGAAGGUGAUCUAUGGAAAGAACCAAAUAGAUGCACUUUGCAUAUUGCUGAACUAAUUAUCUGAGCAUUUCUAAUUUUUAGAAAACAUCAAAUUUGCAUUAAUAUGCUGUGUGUGUUAAUUUAAAAAAAAAAAAAAAAAAAAAGAGUGGCACCAAAGCGGCAGAGUCAGCUUCAACUUCCAGAACGGGUUCGUCGAGAAUCUCAAGUGGAGAUGGUUGGUUGUGGCACUAAUGAGAUUGAUUGUCCGUUGCCACUGAGGUUCUUACAUUCUGAUAAAGGUUAAAGAAGCACCACAUGCUCUUCAAAAACUUCAGCACAGCCAGAAAGAAACUAUCAGAUGAGUAACAGCAUCUAUCAGAAGAAAAAAAAUGCAAAAAACUUAUCCAUGGUUGCAUUUGGGUGUAUGUGUGUUCUGUGACCAUUUAUUUCUUGCAGUACAUCAUUUUGCUGCUUCACUGCUAAAUGAGAAUUGAACACAGAAAUGUGGGAUUCCCCAUGUCUCUUCACAAUUUGGGCUUUGUGGUUCCCAUGCCUGUUCUUCUGGAGCUCUCCACUGGUGCGUGUGUGUGUGUGUGUGCAGAGAAGGUACACUGGAUGGUCUGGAUUUUUUUCUUAAAAAAACACCACAAAAACUAAACAAACAAAUGGGACUUUUUUUGUUGUUUAUGCCAGUAGCAAAUUACAAAGCAGAUCCUCAAGGCUUAAGAUUCUGCUGCUUUUCCAUCUAGGAAAGUGGCUCUCUAUGGGUUUUCUCCAUUUAUAGCAGGACCUGGCACCAGACGAGAGAUUAAAAGAAGUCAAAGCAGUUGUGUUAAUUAGUUACGUUUUGCUAAUGUGGGAAGAAGAUGCUCCGUUACCCUUGUGUUUAGUUAAUUUACCUUAGAGGUAGCCCUCUGGGUCGCUAGCAUUUGGUAACGCUGCUCUGUGGAGGGAGAGACCUCUCUGUUGCUGCAUUUAGAUGUAUGCAGUAGUUGAGGCCAAGAGGCGGAAAGCUGCCGGGCUGCAGAGUUCCUCCUCGCCGUGCCGGAGCAGCUCUCGCGCAGCAGCGAGGGGAUGGGAGCCCUCGUGCCUGCCGCGGAGCUGGAGCAGAGGCAGACCUCUGCCUGCCCUUGAGCAUCAGGAGCCGGGCAGAGGAGGGGAGGCUCGUGCCCCGCCACGGCUCCCGUCACCUUUGGGCUGGGGGAUUUCUCCUCGGAAAGGGGUAAGGAAUGCUGGCCAAGGGGCCGAGAGCAAGAGGGGGCAGGUGCUUGAGUACAAGCUGGGGAAAAUUUGGCUUUAGCCUUGGCUAAGGAGCAGAAGAGCCCACCCUUUCCCCUCCUCCGCAGCUGCUGCAGGGAGAGCUCGCCUGUUUCAAGCUACUUUAACCACUGGAUAAUGGCCCCUUAAUACAUACAGUUUUGCUAUCCAAAUGUGCUAUCGGGGCAUAUUGUCCUAAUUUCUGUUAACAGUCUGCCAUCCUACCAGUAUUAUUUGUUUGAGAGCUUCACUGAAUUCCUCAUUGAACCAUUUGGACUUUAGAAAGGACACAGUCACGUGUUUUGUAUUAUUUAGGAGCUGAAAUGACUUAUUUGUAGACCCCAUUUCAAAUGUGGGAAGUACGGUUAACCCUUGGUUGUUUUGGGAGGGAAGGAGGCUUCUUACAGAGAUUGCCACCCUACAACUGUGUUUUGUUGUUUUUUGUUUUUUUGUUGUUUUUUUUUUUCUUCUUAAAACUGUAUUAUUAAGCCUUUAGGAAUGUAUAACCAGGACUGAGUAAUUACUGCUUAUUAAAUUUUUAGUUAGAUUGACCAUGUAUGCCUAUAGAUAGAUAUUCUAACUUGUGCAAUUUCAUUUGAAAUAAUCUUCCUGUACAUAAUGGAAAAACUCAUAUAACAGAAAAAAAGCCCCAAAGAGAUUGACUGAACAAAAAAGUUGAUUAAAGUAUGGUUCAAAAGUGACCCACAUGUUACAAACCCUAGCUGGACUCUUAGAAGAAAACCGAAACUCAUCGUGUUAGCUGUGUAUUGUGAGCUCUUCUUUUACUGUGUCACUGGUUAUACACUUGUUAAACGCUGAGAUAAUAGACUUCAUGCCAGGCAUUUAAGUACUGUAGAUUGGGUCAUUGCUGAAAGAUUAAUGUACUGUAUGACUUAAAUGAAAUUUUUAUUCUUGAUUUUAUUCUUGAUUUUGUUCUUGUUUUAAAAGAUUAAAUAUGGGCAUUAUGUCAGCAAGCUAAA